AUGACGGUCGGGGCUGGGAUUAGCGUGAGCGAUGGCAAGUUGACGGUGCUCGGGAGCUCCGUGCUGACGGACGUGCACCCGAACAUCGAGGUCACGCACGCCGCCGGCGACGCGCUGGCCAGCGGCGCGUUCCUCGGCGUCAGGUCUGAUCAGAUCGGGAGCCGCCGCGUUUUCCCCGUCGGCAAGCUCGAGGGACUGCGCUUUAUGUGUGUGUUUCGCUUCAAGAUGUGGUGGAUGACGCAGAGGAUGGGUAACUGUGGUCAAGACAUACCUUUUGAGACUCAGUUCCUGAUCGUGGAAGCGCGAGAUGGCUCUCACUUUGAUAACCGGGGCGAAUAUGGGUCCUCUGACCAGCCGGCACUCUAUACUGUUUUCUUACCAAUUCUCGAAGGCGAUUUCAGAGCUGUUUUGCAAGGAAAUGAACGUAACGAGCUGGAAAUUUGUUUAGAAAGCGGUGAUCCCGCGGUUACUGGAUUUGAGGGAAGUCACUUGGUUUUUGUGGCAGCUGGUUCUGACCCAUUUGAGGUCAUCACCAAUGCUGUCAAGACAGUUGAGAAACAUUUACAGACAUUUUCUCACCGCGAGAGAAAGAAGAUGCCGGAUAUGCUGAAUUGGUUUGGCUGGUGUACCUGGGAUGCUUUCUAUACAGAUGUCACAGCUGAGGGUGUGAAACAAGGAUUAGAGAGCUUCGAGAAAGGUGGAGUACCUCCCAGGUUUGUCAUAAUUGAUGAUGGAUGGCAAUCCGUUGGAAUGGAUCCCACCAGCAAAGACUCCAAAGCAGACAACACUGCUAACUUUGCAAACCGAUUGACUCAUAUCAAGGAGAACCAUAAGUUCCAGAAAGAUGGCCAAGAGGGUAGCAGAGUGGACGAUCCGGCCCUGGGCCUUCGUCACAUUGUCACGGAGAUCAAAGAAAAACAUUCCUUGAAGUAUGCAUAUGUGUGGCACGCGAUCACAGGUUAUUGGGGUGGUGUUAGGCCUGGUGUGGAUGGAAUGGAACAUUAUGAGUCCAAGAUGGCAUACCCUGUCUCAUCUCCGGGAGUUGAAUCAAAUGAGCCUUGUGAUGCCCUCAAGAGCAUCACUACUAAUGGCCUCGGCCUUGUCAAUCCUGAGAAAGUUUUCAGCUUUUACAACGAACUCCACUCCUAUCUUGCCUCUGCUGGUAUUGAUGGUGUUAAAGUCGAUGUUCAGAAUAUCCUGGAAACUCUAGGGGCAGGCCAUGGUGGAAGAGUGAAACUUGCUAGGAAAUAUCAUCAGGCAUUGGAGGCAUCUAUCUCUAGGAAUUUUCCCGACAAUGGAAUCAUAUCUUGUAUGAGUCACAACACAGAUGGUUUGUACAGCACGAAGCGGGCAGCUGUUAUAAGGGCUUCUGAUGACUUCUGGCCAAGAGAUCCAGCAUCACACACAAUCCAUAUUGCAUCAGUUGCUUACAAUACCAUUUUCCUCGGGGAGUUCAUGCAGCCUGAUUGGGAUAUGUUUCAUAGCCUACACCCAAUGGCGGAAUAUCAUGGAGCAGCCCGUGCAGUCGGUGGGUGCGCUAUUUACGUCAGUGAUAAACCUGGUCAGCAUGACUUCAAUCUACUGAGAAAGCUUGUACUUCCUGAUGGUUCCAUAUUGAGGGCCAAGCUUCCUGGCAGACCAACCAGAGAUUGUUUGUUCACUGAUCCUGCAAGAGAUGGAAAAAGCCUUCUGAAGAUAUGGAACAUGAAUGAUUUUUCUGGUGUCGUGGGAGUAUUCAACUGUCAAGGGGCCGGGUGGUGUAAGAUUGGAAAGAAGAAUCUCAUUCAUGACGAACAGCCCGGCACAACUACUGGUGUCAUCAGAGCUAGUGAUGUUGAUUAUCUGCCCAAAGUUGCUGGCAUUGAUUGGACAGGCAACGUCAUCCUAUAUUCCCAUCUUGGAGGAGAGGUAGUUUAUGUCCCCCGGAACACAUCAUUGCCAGUUACCUUAAAAUCCCGGGAAUACGAAGUUUUCACUGUAGCCCCUGUGAAGGAAUUAUCGGGCGGAGCCUUGUUUGCCCCUAUAGGUCUCAUCAAGAUGUUCAAUUCGGGAGGCGCUAUCAAGGGGUUGGAGUACGAGACUCUGAGCGGAUUGGUGCACUUGAAAAUCCGUGGCUGUGGAGUAUUUGGGGCAUAUUCUUCGGUUCGACCACAGAGAGUACUAAUCGAUUCGCAAGAGUCUGAAUUCAGAUACGAAGAACCAUCUGGCUUACUCACCUUCACUUUGCGGGUUCCAGAGGAAGAGUUAUACCAAUGGAACGUAGCGAUUGACUUAUAGUCUCUCCUCCAUUGAUGGUCGGGGUUUCUACAGCAAUCUUCCUUAUUGUAGGGAAGAAGAAAAUGGGUGUUUAAGUUGAAGGUGUCUUAUGGCUCGGAUUGAAUCAAAUCGAUCAUCUAUAUGCAAUUUGUUAGAAUGUCCUCAUCCACCGUUAGGUUCUUAGCAAUGAGGUGCCCCUUUGUAUUAGGUGGAGUGUUCUCUGAUUCUUAGAAUUUGGUUGGAAAACCUAAUCCAUGCUCAGGAGAAGUUCCUAUCGAAUGGGAUCUUCUUCCAGAAAUAAAUGAAAUUUCCAUUCAAAGGAGCCGAAAUUGGCUUCUUCA